AUUGUCAAGCGUCCCGUGCGGACCUCAGUGGGACCCCGCUUCGCGCGCUGUACACUUCCUGCCCAACACCAGAAUAUAUACAGAUCAGUGGGUAACAUAGUGCUAUUGUUUGUUAGUGUACAUAAAUGUGAAUGACGUAAAUUAUUUUAAGUAUGCAAUAAAACAACUGUAUAGAAGACGAUUUGGGAUAAGACCAAUAUGUAGAGCUGUCGACCCGAAGGAGGAAAAUGAAAGAGGGCGGUCGCGAGGAGGAGUCGACCAACGCGGCGGAAGCGGCACCGGGCCCGGGUGUGCGGACCGAACACACCUGCUGCUGCCUCGGCGUGUUAGUGGGCGUCUCGCUCAUUGCCGCCCUCGUAGCAGUUAUACUGAUGAAGGAUAGUACGGUUGAAAUUACAGCGUUACGACAAGUGCAUGUGUUAAUGUCGCACGGAGAACGCACGCCGAGCGAGCUUGAGCUCGCCAUGCUCGGGGCACCACCACCUGAACACGUUUUCGCGCCCUAUGGUGCUGGAGCUAUGACUAAUGAAGGGAAGAUGUUGACGUUCGAAAUGGGCGCAUUACUUAGGAAGAGAUAUAACGAGUUUUUAGGACCUUAUUACGAGCCCGAACACAGCAUAGUGAUAGCGUCGGAUACAGGACUGAGCAAGAUGACAGCCCUAUUGAUAGCAGCGGGCCUGUGGCCGCCGCCACCCGAGCAGAUGUGGAAUGACACGGUUCUGUGGCAACCAGUGCCUUAUACAUACCCACAUCCGGAUCAAGAUUAUCUUCUAUAUGAAGAGAACUGCCCUCGAUACAAACAAGAGAAGGAAAGAAUAUUAAAGGCAUUUAUAGAAGAAGGAUUUCUAGUCCCGUAUCGCGAUUUCUUUCACAAGAUAUCUCAGAUGACCGGUACCAACUUCAGCACACCGCAAGACGCGUACUACCUUAACAAUUUAUUUUUGAUACAGGACGAUAUCAAAGUAGCUAAUCCGAAAUGGGCAAAACAUGUGAAACGAAAACUGAUGGACGUCGCAAGAUUGGAGUAUUCAAUGAUGUUUCAUAACAACCUUCUAAGGAAACUCAGUGGUGGAACCCUACUUCAGCAGAUAAUAAAAGAAGCCCUGAUCAACACGAAGGACAGAUCAAGUCCGCGUGUUAUAGUGCGUACCGGGACGCCGGUGUCAGUGGCGGCGUUGUUGUCCGCAUGUGUCGCCCCACCCCCACGUUUGCCGGACCCUGGAGCUGCAUUACUAUUCGAGUUACACGAAAGGUUACCUUCUCCCCAAGGCAAGAAAGAGCAUAAUAAAUUGACUGAUGGACAACGGUUCGGGUUUAAGAUAUACUAUUGGGAUGACGACUCUGCCGAACCUCGUCUGAUGGAGGUUCCAGGCUGCAACGCAUUCUGUCCCCUAGAAACCUUUGAAGAGUUGACUAAAUAUAUAGUUUCCCAUAAUUAUAAGAAAGACUGUGCACUGGUACCAACCGUGUAGUCACGAGUGACUUCCAUGCAUAGUGACGUUUAAACGAAUGGACUAAGGCUGUGGUUAAUUAAAAAUGAACUAUACAAAGAUUGAAAUAAAGUGUGACUUCGCUUACUUACCCUCGUCGAUUUUGAGCCCAGCUUCGUCUGGCGGUAUGUUUUUAGAUAACUCGGCGAAUUCGUCUGCACCCCAUGACUGGGUGCCCCGUAAUUUUAAAUAUUCUGCUAUCAGUGCCGCUAUGUGUAGUUGGCAACACAUGGCCUGUAAAAAAAGUAAUAAACGAUUAUAAUGUCUGAAAGUU